UGUGGACCCUAGUCUCCAAAAUGGCUAAAGCUAUCACUCUGAACUUUGAUGAAAAUAUGGUAAUCAGACUGAAGGCAUCCAAACGUUUUGAAAACCCAAAUGAUGCUCCUGCUAUGUAUUAUUUUUUACCGUUGACUUUAAAAAGAGUGUUAUAUAUUCACAGAUAAUCCAUGUGAUCCCAUAAACUUGUAAAGGAGUAAUGAAGCAUUGUAAAUUGGGUUUUUGUACCAAAAACCAUGUGAAAAAGUGGGACAUUCUGCCUUUUAACUGUUAAAUGUGUUUGGGUCAUGCUAGAUUGACGCUGCUUUGCCUCUUCAGUUGCACCUUUAAAGGCUUUAUGCCUUCGCACUUUGAGUCCUUAAGGUACAUUGACUGUUGUGAUCUGAACAAAGUCCCAGCAAAGUGCCACUCCAUGUCAUCCUAAACCGAGGUCUAAUGAGCGAGAAUAAGAACAUGUCUGUGCAGGGCUUUCAGUAACGAUACUCGGGCGUCUCGUUGUAUUUGCCUUGUGCUGACUUCUCUCCACAGCGCUGGAGGUAAGUGUUUUCAGGUCUACGUCACCACAGAAGACCAAGCGGUCCAGUCCAGUGGAAGUCUGGCUGACUCUGCUGCAUCAAGAUAGUACCUCACACAAGCAGCUGGAAAGUAUCUUUUUUUGUCUUCAGUAUUUGACUUAAAGUAAAAUGGUAGGAUAUAUUUUUACUAGACAUAACCUGAGCUGCAGAUGCUUUUUCACUGUAACAGAUAAUGUAAAUGUUUGAAGAGAUUCAUCUUUGUUUGACCCAACCUGAAACCCACCAAAGGUGUAACAUGGUGAAAACGUAACUUUAUUAUAUAACUGGUUACAAUUGAGAUGUUCUGCCUGUAAAUGUAAUUGAUCAGAAAAGAGCAGAAAUACAUGAGAAGUUGAGUUUCUAGAUUAAAAGUCACAUCUAGAUUAUUUACAGUGGGUGUACUACUGCCUGACAUUUCUUAUUCUAACUACACAUUACCUGUCUGGGAAAGAACCAUAGCCAAAAGUCAUCAAGUGGUCAUUGCACUUAAAAGAAAUAAAUAAAACAUUUGUAAAUUUGGUUUUGUGGUUUUCCUUUGUACAUGAUGCAUCUAAUUGGUCUUGUUAGUGGGCAUCAGGUAAAGGUAGACUAUAUAAAUUACUUCAAGCCUACCAAUGUGAAUGAGAUUUUCAUAUCAGUUUGGUCCACAAAUUCUCAAUUUUUCAAAAUGCAUUCUCCCAAAUUAUUUUUUUUUAAGGUUUGAUGAAGGUGCAAAAACAAACAUUGAAAGUAGAGAUGAUUGUAUUUAUUAGUUUGUAGUCAAAAAACGUCUACCAAAUACUAAAUUAAGAGUGCAAGUGUAGAAAUGAGUAGAGUCUUACCUAUUUAAGGGUCAUGUCAUUAAAUGACUAAAUUCUUGGACUAAAUGUAUUAUAAUAGUGCUAUCUUAUUGCUUAUCUAGUGCAUUCACAUUUGACGCGAGUUGAACAAGGAAAGUUGUACUUCAACUGAUCAUUAAAAAAUCACUACGGUUAACUGGUGUUUUCAAAUAUAGUUAUAAACACCCAUACAAUUGAUUUAAACUGGGAUUUUGAAUUAUAAUAAACUACGGUAUCAGUACAGUAACUUAUUUUGUAAUGUUGACAGACUUAAAGAAACGUAAUAUAGCGUUUGCAGUGUGUUUGAGCCAACAGAGAAAUUAUGAUACAAAUUAUUACAAAACCGUAUUACACAAUUCUACGCUCCUUGUCCGACGCUUCCUCCAUCAGCCGGAACCUUUAACGUCUCCAUGUUUCGCUACCACCGGGCAAUUUAAGACGUUACACUUGUCACUUCCGGCUCUUGUUUUGGCUGGCUGUUUGAAAUGAGAAGGCUGGCUGUGUGAAGCAUACUUUUAAUGCUUGAAUGGCAGGUUUAUUCAAUGAGGACACACGCGGUGGAACAAGAAGAGUCCUAUAGAGUGUAGCACGGGAUCAACUUCACUCCUUCUACCGGACUAUGUUUAAAAAGAUGACCGAAUUUGGUCCAGAUUCCGGGGGGCGAGUUAAGGGAAUAACCAUCGUGAAGCCCAUUGUGUUUGGGAACGUUGCCCGUUACUUUGGGAAGAAGCGAGAGGAGGAUGGACACACACACCAGUGGUCCGUCUACGUGAAGCCUUACAGAAAUGAGGAUAUGUCUGCCUAUGUGAAGAAGAUCCAGUUCAAGCUUCAUGAGAGCUAUGGUAACCCUCUGAGAGUGGUGACCAAGCCUCCGUAUGAGAUUACAGAGACGGGCUGGGGGGAGUUUGAGAUCAUCAUCAAGAUCUUCUUCAUUGACCCCAAUGAGAGACCUGUGACUCUGUAUCAUCUGUUGAAGCUGUUCCAGUCAGACACCAGUGCAAUACCUAAGAAGACGGUCGUCUCUGAAUUCUAUGAUGAAAUGAUCUUCCAGGAUCCUACGGCCAUGAUGCAGCAGCUUCUGACCACAUCGAGACAACUCACCCUGGGUGCUUACAAGCACGAGACCGAAUUCAAUGAGCUAGAACAGAGGACCAAGGAGAAAAUGGAGACGGCAAAGAAGAGAACCAGCCUGGAGAUCACGGAGCUGAAAGACAAGCUAAAGGCCAGCAGAGAAAACAUCAACCAGCUGAAGGCAGAGAUCAGGAAGCUGGAGGAGGACGGAGACCACAAGGAGCACUGAGACAUGGCCAAACACACACAGUUAUUUAAAAAAAAAAAAAAAAAAAAAGCCCUCGUUGUGAUAUAUUUUAUGAUCUUUUUUUUUUUUUUCUUUUACACUCAAUAUCACAAAGCUCAAAGAAGACAUAAGAAUGAUUUCCCCACAAUUUACCAUAAUGUGUUUUUACUGCAGAACUAAAAACACAAAAAGAAAAUCUGAACUGUGUUGUGUUUUGUUAGCGGUGUUAAAACGAGGAUUUUAUGAUUCACCUUUCAUGGUGUUCUUUUCUACCCAAACAUUGCUGGAUCACCUGGCUGUUAAGUAUUCACACCUACCUGAUGAGAUCUCCACGUGUGUGGACGGCUUUGAAUACGAAUAGCUCAUAUGUUGUUUUUUUACUGAUCUUUGUUUUCUAUAUGAAGUUAAAAUGUUUUCAGGAUUGCCGGUAAAUGUCUCUUCUGUUGUAGCCAUUAGGGUUUGAUGAGUGUUGAUUCAUAAAACAUGAUGAAAUACAGGCGUUGCACUGCAACCAGUCAUGAUUUGCACCCACUGUAAUGAAGAUUCAAGUAACUCCUAUAAUCCGUGUGGAGUCAGAUGUACUGUUCAAAGAUGGGCAUAGCCAGUACUAUGCAAGAUUUGGUGACAGUUAUUAAAAACGUUUCUGCAAAGACUAUUAAAGCAUCACCAUGAACUUAUACUCAAACAUUCUGUGGGUGCAUAUUCUAUUGACUACCUCCCAGAAUAAAUGUACAAAACAGUUUGAAACAUUUACAGAUUUAAGAGGAAGCUUUGGUAUGUUUUACAUAACAAAUCUAAAUGUUUUUGUAUCUAAAGGGAGUUAAAGAAAGAGUUUCAUUAAAAGCCUAGCUAUGAA